AUGCGUGCCAGAAACCCCCAUUCUCCUUUUCAAAGACAACAUAUGAUGGAUUGCGAUCUCUCAGCCCAGCAGGACACGGGGACCAUGCGAGCUGUAAUUGGUCAGGAUCCAAUGAUAGCUGGACAAGUCAGUAAGCCCUUGCUGUCAGUGCGGAGUGAGAUGAAUGCGGAGUUGGGAGGUGAGGACAAGGCUGCUACUUCAGACAGCGAGCUGAAUGAGCCCCUGCUUGCGCCCGUGGGAUCAAAUGACAGCGAGGACACUCCCAGCAAGCUCUUCGGGGCCAGAGGAAACCCGGCGCUGUCAGACCCAGGCACCCCUGAACAACAGCAGGCCAGUCAGACCCACCUCCCGUUCCCGGUUGGGCCACAGCCACUUCUGACGGCCCAGCAGUUAGCCUCUGCUGUCACCGGUGUGAGGUCGGGAGGCACGCCGGCUCUCAGCCAGCCUGUCCUCAUCCCCUUCAGCAUGGCCGGACAGCUAGGAGGGCAGCAAGGGCUGGUCCUCACACUGCCCACUGCGAAUCUCACCAACAUCCAAGGGCUGGUAGCAGCAGCUGCAGCUGGAGGCAUUAUGACUCUGCCACUGCAAACUCUACAAGCUACCUCAUCCCUCAACUCCCAACUGCAGCAGCUCCAGCAGCUGCAGCAGCUCCAGCAGCCGCCGCCGCCGCCGCCCGCCCCGCCGGGCAGCCAGCACCCGCAGGUGCCACCGCAGUCCCAGCCGCCGCCGCCGCCGCCGCCCGCCUCCCAGCCGCCGCCGGCUCCUCCCGCCCACCCUCACCCCCAGAACCGGAACCAACCGUCUCCAACUCAGCAGAGCUCCAGCUCCCCUCAGAAAGCCAGCCAGUCUCCGGGACACGGCCUCCCGUCGCCGCUCACGCCACCCAAUCCUCUGCAGCUGGUUAAUAAUCCACUAGCAAGUCAGGCUGCAGCGGCUGCAGCAGCAGCAGCCAUGGGCUCCAUAGCAAGUUCACAGGCCUUUGGCAAUGCCCUCUCCAGUCUGCAGGGGGUCACGGGUCAACUAGUUACUAAUGCACAAGGACAGAUUAUUGGGACCAUUCCUCUGAUGCCGAACCCGGGGCCGUCAAGCCAAGCAGCGAGCGGCGCUCAGGGCCUUCAGGUGCAGCCGAUCACCCCCCAGCUCCUGACCAACGCCCAGGGCCAGAUCAUCGCCACGGUCAUCGGGAACCAGAUCCUGCCAGUGAUCAACACCCAGGGCAUCACGCUCUCCCCCAUCAAGCCCGGUCAGCAGCUCCACCAGCCCUCCCAGACGUCGGUGGGUCAAGCGGCCUCCCAAAGCAGCCUUCUGCACCUGGCUCACAGCCAAGCAGCCAUGUCUCAGAGCCCCGCCCGGCAGCCGUCCUCUGCUUCCUCCUCAUCUUCCUCCUCCUCGGCUUUGAGCGUGGGCCAGUUAGUCAGCAAUCCUCAGACGGCAGCGGGUGAGGUGGAUGGGGUUAAUCUGGAGGAGAUCCGAGAAUUUGCCAAAGCUUUUAAAAUCCGGCGCCUGUCCCUUGGCCUGACCCAGACUCAGGUGGGCCAGGCUCUCAGUGCCACAGAGGGCCCCGCGUACAGCCAGUCGGCCAUCUGCAGACACACCAUCCUGAGAAGCCACUUUUUCCUACCACAGGAAGCCCAAGAGAACACUAUAGCUAGCAGUCUGACAGCCAAACUGAACCCUGGCCUUUUGUAUCCUGCCAGGUUUGAAAAGCUGGACAUCACCCCUAAAAGUGCCCAGAAGAUCAAGCCGGUGCUUGAGCGGUGGAUGGCUGAGGCUGAGGCCCGCCAUCGGGCAGGUAUGCAGAACCUGACCGAGUUUAUCGGGAGUGAACCAUCCAAAAAGCGCAAGAGGCGCACCUCCUUCACGCCCCAGGCCCUUGAGAUCCUCAAUGCCCACUUUGAGAAGAACACGCACCCCUCUGGGCAGGAAAUGACCGAAAUUGCCGAGAAGCUGAACUAUGACCGGGAAGUAGUUAGAGUUUGGUUCUGCAAUAAGAGGCAAGCCCUGAAGAACACAAUUAAACGCUUAAAACAGCACGAGCCGGCCACGGCAGUCCCUCUGGAACCCUUAACAGACUCACUGGAAGAAAAUUCCUAA